AUGUAUAACACAACUUCAACACCACCUGCUUUACUUACGGAUUCGUCCAUAACUGCAAUUACAACCGUAUUUAAACCUUCUACAAACAAUAAGAUUCCAUCAAUAACCCGUCGUCCUAUUCCAAAACCAAAUGUAGAUAUUCUUCGGAGAUUAUUAGUUCACUCCGAUGGUCGCGAUAAAUUCUUAAAGAUUAUUCAGUAUUUUGGAAAAAUUAUUCUUUGGCUUCAUAUUAAUAAAAAGAAGACAAAAUAUCCUAAACUUUAUUCUCGUUUAAUUGCCAUGACAUCUCAAUUUUCUAAUACUCGUAAAAUAAUCCGAUUAGCACAUUUUCUUGAACCAUACGCAGAUUUUAAAGAGUACGUAGCAGGCGCUCGUAAUUUACCACACACCGCACUUCCUUAUGAACAUGCUGUUAAUACUUUGGGAUUUAUUAAUUCGAUUGUUGGCUUUUUUAAUGAUAUUUUUGAUGAUUUAUAUUGUCUUGGUAAAGUUGGUAUUUUAGAUAAAUCGGUAGCUAAAAGAUCAGAACCUAUUGCCCUUAAAUUAUGGUUUGUAAAUAUUAUCUUGGAUAUUCAUGAACUUAUAUUUAGAAUUUGGUCAUUAAAUGAGAAAACUAAAAAAUCAAAAGAAAAAUUAUCUGAAAAUGAAUUAGAAAAAUUAAAAGAUAGAAAAUAUUGGUUGUAUAUUAGUUUAGUUAAAUUUAUUAUGGAUUUUUGUUUUUGUGGAUAUGAUUUAUUUGGGUAUACAUUUUCUGAUGGUGUACAGGCUGUUUCAGGCUUUAUAGCAGGAAUUUUAA